AAGGCCAAUUCCCCUGGCUGUCACAGACAAAACCAAUUCAUUUACCUUUAGCAAUUGAAGAAUUAUUAACAGGGAAACACAAUGGGAGAAGUUGAUCCUGCUUUCAUCCAAGACCUCGAACACAGGCCUAAACUCUCCAUCACACAAGCAGAAGGAAUACCCUUAAUUGAUCUUUCAGUGUUGAAUUCACCUGAUGCAGUAUCAGACCCCAGCACCCUUGACAGCCUUGUUUCUGAGAUACGUAACGCUUGCAGGGACUGGGGAUUUUUCCAAGUGAUCAACCAUGGGGUACCAUUGGAACAACGUCAGAAACUUGAGAAGGCAGCCAGGAAAUUUUUUGCUCAACCUUUGGAGGCGAAGUUGAAGGUCAGGAGAGAUGAAUUGCAAGUUUCAGGUUAUUAUGACACUGAGCAUACCAAGAAUGUUAGAGAUUGGAAAGAGGUGUUUGAUUUUUCAGUGCACAAUCCGACGAUAGUCCCAGCUUCAACACGCCCUGAUGACAAGGAAGUAGUUGAGUGGCAUAAUCAAUGGCCUGAGUAUCCUCCUGAACUAAGAGAGGCAUGUGAAGAAUAUGCAGAGGAACUAGAAAAAUUAAGUUUCAAGUUGAUGGAACUUAUUGCCUUGAGCUUAGGCUUGCCAGCAGAUAGCUUCUAUGGCUACUUCAAGGAGCAAACCAGCUUUAUCAGGCUUAACCACUAUCCACCUUGCCCUGCUCCUGACCUAGCUCUAGGCGUUGGCCGACACAAGGAUGCUGGUGCCCUGACCAUUCUUUCUCAAGAUGAUGUAGGAGGAUUGGAAGUGAAGCGAAAAUCAGAUGGAGAGUGGAUCCGCGUCAGGCCUACCCCAGAUGCUUUUAUCAUUAAUGUUGGUGACAUUAUUCAGGUUUGGAGCAAUGAGACAUAUGAGAGUGUGGAGCAUAGGGUCAUGGUGAAUUCCGAGAGGGAAAGGUUUUCGAUUCCAUUCUUCUUUAACCCCGCUCAUUACACCAUUGUAAAGCCCUUGGAGCUGUUGACAAGUGAGAAAGAUCCCCCUAGAUAUAAGCCUUACAAUUGGGGGAAAUUUUUUGUCACUAGGAAGGGCAGUAAUUUCAAGAAGCUUGACGUCGAAAACAUCCAAAUCUACCAUUUCAAGAUAUCCGAGUUAGCAGACCGCUUAGGAGAAACACUAUCAGUGAAAUAACAAGAUGGAGCAUUAGCAAUUGACAGCAUAUAAAUUAGUAAUAAUGAUUGUAAUAAGUUCAUCCUGUAAACUUCAUGCUGCAUUUGCUGAGGAUAAGACUUUGAAUGUAUGGUGUGGUUGAUAUUUUUAUUAUGAUUAACAAAAAUGGAACUUCCUUAUAAAUAUAUUAGAGUAA